ACGGAUAGUUCCGUUUCCUCCGUCAGGCUGCAGUCAUGGCCGAGUACGGCCACACCGGGCUCUUUACUGCUCUGCUCCUCUUCACAGCGCUCACGCUCCGAGACAUUUAUCUCGGAAGAUCGAGCACGCAGGGUGGACACCAACCGCCCGACGACCCGGCCGUCUUGCCGAACACGGAACCCGGGAAGCCCGCCAAGGCGCUGCUGUACAGCAGCCCUGUGCUGCGGUUCCAGUACUGGUGUGCUUCUCUCAGUAUCUCCUGAGGCUACAGUAAAGUCUUCCAGGAGUACUCUCAGGCCAUCAGCCAGGUGUACCCGGACAUCCACAUCCAGGGAGAAAACUACCCCCCCACCCCCUUCAGCAGGUGUGUGGCUCAGCUGAUCUCAUAUUUGAAGCUUCUCUCCAUCCUGCUGAUCAUCAGUGGUCAGAACCCCUUCCUCCUCCUCGGCCUCCACACCCCGCUGGCCUGGACCUGGAGUCAGAACAACAAGAUCUUCUCUUGCCUCAUGGCCUUCUUCCUCUGUAACAUGAUGGAGACUCACUUCCUGUCCACCGGCGCCUUUGAGGUCACACUGAAUGAUGUUCCCCUGUGGUCGAAGCUUCAGUCUGGUUACGUCCCAAACAUCCAAGAAAUGUUUCAGAUACUCGAUAACCACCUGAAGAUGAACCAGGUGGAUCACACAACCUUCACCUCCACUUAGAGCUGCAAGUGAACACACACAGGUGCUCCAGCUUGUGAGGCAUUCUCCCGAUGGCGUUCAUGAAGGGCGGGCCUUAAAACAGACUCUGUGGGGCCCGGCUGGAUGUUCCUCGCCAAGAAUUGGGUGCCUCCUCUGCACCAGGUCACCUUCAGCACUACAAUACCCAAAAUGCACUGCUUGUAGCUCUGUGCUAAUUAGCUUGUAGACAGGAAGUGGAUUUGUGGCAGUAAGCUGUUUAAAGUAAAGCUUUUAUUAUGAAAAUAAAGUCUUUAGGUCCAUG